AUGCUGCUGCCCACGGGAGACGGCAUCCUCCACAUCUACGAGAGGCGGUACCUGGACAUGUUUAGAAACGUACAGAUGAACACGCCGGAGGGCUCGCCACUGCUGUUUGGUCAUGUGCUCACGGCGCACGCGGUCCCGGCCCAGGUGCGCGACAGGGUCGGUCCGGGGAUCCCGCGCAUCGCCUGUGCGGCGCGCGUCCUCUCGAUGGAGCCCGCUGGUGAGCGCGGCGACGGCAUGCUGGUGCGGUACGAGGCCCUGCGUCGCAUCAAGAUCGCGCACGUGGAGGAGGUACAGGGCGAGGACGGGGAGGGGUACCUGUCGGCGGCGUGCGAGUGGAUGGACGACGCCCGCGUGGACCCAGGGCCCGCGCAGGGCGUCUCCGUUGACACCGGCUUCAAGCGCCUGACAGCAGAUGAGCAGCAGCGUACCGACCUGCUGGAGGCGCAGCUGUGGGCGAACUUGCAGCACCUGCGGCGGCUGUCGGCGCAGUCGGGCUCGGAAGACGCGUCGCUGCCCCUGGCGGUGCAGCGCUUCGCCCCGCCCGCGACCGUGUCUGGCGACGCCGGCGAGCGCAUCGCCAAUGCACUCGAGGCCAAGGGCAACAUGGGAGCGGCCUUCGCGAUCCGCACGUGGCGGCGCGCGAGCGGCAUCGACGCCGGCAACGGUGCAGAGAAGCCGCGGGAAGUCGCCAACCCGUACUCAGCGGCGGUCGAGGUGACGCCGAUGGCGAAGGGUCGGAGGCAGGAGCUGUUUUCGUUCGCCUCCGCCCAGAUGGUUGACAUCGGGGCGGAGGAGAGGAGCCUGCUGCUGCACCUGCAGUCGACGGCGCAGCGGCUGGAGUGGGCGCUGGAGGCCGUCGUGCCGCACGUCAGCGACUUGGAGCGGCGGGCGGCGGCUCGAAAGGCCGUUGACAGUUAG